AAGACACCCCGCUCCGAACCGGACUACAACUACCCGAUCUUCCCAGGGUCGGAGAACAGCAGUCGCCUGAGCUGAAAUUUAAACCUAAAGGAAGUUUUUUUUUCUUCUUUCCAGAAAUCGGCCAACAUGUGUACUGGAAAGUGUUCCCUCUGCAUUGCGGUGACUCUGUACCCGCUGGUGCUCAUUUCCAUCAUCUGUAACAUUGUGCUGUUCUUUCCUGAUGGAAGCGUCAAGUACGCUCAAGAUGGACACAUUACAGAUGAGGUGAAGUACAUGGGAGGAGUCUUUGGCGGAGGGAUACUGGUUCUGAUCCCUGCACUUCACAUUCACCUGACUGGAAAGCAGGGCUGCUGUGGAAAUCGCUGUGGGAUGUUCCUAUCUAUCGCUUUCGCUGCGGUGGGCGUGCUCGGUGCCCUGUAUAGCUUCGUUGUGGCCGUGCUCGGCUUGCACAAUGGACCUUUGUGUAAAGUGUUACUGGUUUGGAUGAGGCCUUUCAAAGACAGUGACACCAGUUACCUGAGCGACAGCUCAAUAUGGUGGAGGUGUACCGCGCCUGAGAACAUCGUCCAGUUCAACAUCGGACUGUUCAGCACUCUGCUGGUGACCAGCGGCCUGCAGAUAAUCCUCUGUGCCAUUCAGAUGAUCAACGGGCUCUGCGGCUGUCUGUGCGGCACCUGCGUCAAGAAGGACAAAGAGAUGAUCUGAAGAUGUUGAACCAGCAGCAUUCACCCUCCACAGGAUUUAAGCACCUUAUCCUCAGUCACUCCUUGCCUGUUCCUCUCGUCACUUCCAUGGGUUUUCUCCUCGUGUCUCUGGUUCCCAGUUUUGAAUUUACCUGGCAGGCAGGAGCUUUGUUAUCCAUCAUCCUUUUCAUUAAACUGAUCAACUAACUCAGCGUCUCAGCCCCUCUGCAUUUUGGUCCACUUUCAAAGACACCACUUUAUGACAGCUACAUGUUCAAACAUUUGUCAUUGGUCUUAUUUUUUUAUUUAUGUAAUUUGAAGUUUUCAUUAAUCUGCAACUGCAAGUCAUAAUCAAUACAAUUCACACCAGCCCCAGCGGCAUGGGCGUGCAUCAGGGGGCAUUGACACUGUUUUUUUUAAAAAACGUUCACCUUGGAGUGGCCAAAUUUCUAUUAUUCCUAUCUCGACUUAAUAGAGACUCCUUGCACUGUAUUUGUUAUAAUGGCACUUUUUUCAGCCAUUAUAACAGUUCAAACCGCAAUUGACGUGUCGUAACGUGUUUUUCCGAGCCACAUUUAAACGCAACAUGAGUGUUAAGAUGCCCGCGCUGCACCGUCUGGUUCAAACAAAUUAACACACAACAUGACCUGUUGUUUCAUUCUGGGUGCAAUGAAUCUAAGUUUCUUUUUCUUAAAUUUAAAAACAAACAAAUGUCAAUACUUUACGAACAGCUGAUUGCAAAUCACGCGUAUGAACGUGAUUUGUUACCGUUUGUGGUCAAGUUUGGUCAAAAUUAGGCAACGUUUGAAAAAGAAUAAUUAUUUAAUGCCAACAUAUUUAGCAAAACUGCUAGUUUGACUAGUUUAAUCAGAGUCAAAACGUACUUAAUUGUACAUUAAUACAGCUGUUUUUAAGUAGUCACUAAAACAGUAAAUACACGAGUGAAAUCUUAACGCUCUCAUU